GAGGUCCUCAGGCAAACUAACCCAAAGUGUCCCACCCUUCUGCUCAACGCUGUCAACCUACCUCAUCCACAAACAGCCUUUCUAAUAUACCGGAUUAUUGUUUUUACCACAUUCAUUUAUGAGGGCUCUGUUGCGUCUUCGUCUCCAAGCUGCACUGCGGAAAUCCCUCUGAAGUCACACGGGAAGAUCCUGCUGCUUCAAACCAGAAGUGCCAGCCACAGGCAUCGAGUCUGUGUGUGUGUGUGUGUGUGUGUGUGUGUGUGUGUGUGUGUGUGUGUGUGAGAGAGAGAGAGUUUUCCGCAGCAGUUUAAUUGCCCGAUUUAGUAUCUGCCUGCAGCUUGUUUUCGUUCUCAGUUCAACAAUGUAUCAAGUCGUAAGGAAGCUGUUUUUUACGGACUGCCAGUGCGCCGAAGAUGCGCCGAAAACGUACGAUGAUCUGUUCGCCAAGCUGGACACCAACAAGGAUGGAAAAGUGGAUGUGUCCGAGCUGAAGGCAGGCCUGGCUGCUAUGGGCAUCAAGACUGCGAAAGGAGCAGCUCAGAAAAUAAUUUCCUCUGGAGACCAAGACAACGAUGAAGGGCUCGACUUCAACGAGUUCACAAAGUAUCUAAAGGAACAUGAGAAAAAGUUACGACUCACCUUCAAGAGCUUGGACAAAAACAAUGAUGGUCGAGUAGACUUUAUGGAGAUAAAGCAGUCACUUGCCGAUCUGGGACUGGACAUCAGCAAAGAGGAGGCGCAGAAGAUCCUUCACAGUAUUGAUGUGGACGGCACCAUGACUUUAGACUGGAAUGAAUGGAGGGAGCAUUUCCUGUUCAACCCAGCCCACAACCUGGAGGAGAUUAUCUUCUACUGGAAGCACUCCACGGUGCUGGACAUUGGGGACAGCCUCUCCAUCCCAGAUGAGUUCACAGAGCAGGAGAAGACGACCGGUAUGUGGUGGAAGCAGCUGUCAGCGGGGGCCAUGGCCGGCGCCGUGUCCCGCACAGGAACUGCCCCGCUGGACAGGAUGAAGGUGUUCAUGCAGGUGCAUUCCUCCAAGAGCAACAAAAUCAGCCUGGUUGGGGGUUUUAAGCAGAUGGUAAAAGAAGGAGGCUUGAUGUCUCUGUGGAGAGGAAACGGUAUUAACGUACUGAAGAUUGCCCCUGAGACGGCCAUUAAAUUUAUGGCCUAUGAGCAGUAUAAGAAGCUGCUGUCCAGUGAACCAGGCAAGGUCAAGACCCACGAGAGGUUCAUGGCUGGAUCGCUGGCUGGAGCCACAGCACAAACUGCCAUCUACCCCAUGGAGGUGAUGAAAACCCGUCUGACCCUGAGGAAGACCGGACAGUACUCAGGAAUGUUUGACUGUGCCAAGCAAAUCCUGAAGAAGGAGGGAUUGAAGGCAUUUUACAAGGGCUACGUUCCCAAUCUCCUGGGCAUCAUCCCCUACGCUGGCAUAGAUCUGGCAGUGUACGAGAGCUUGAAGAACUUCUGGUUGGCACGCUAUGCUAAAGACUCAGCCAACCCUGGCAUUCUGGUGCUGCUCGGCUGUGGUACUCUCUCCAGCACGUGUGGCCAGCUGGCCAGCUACCCCCUGGCUCUGAUCCGCACCAGGAUGCAGGCACAAGCUUCUCUUGAGGGCUCAGAGCAGCUGCCCAUGAAUCUGAUGGUAAAGAAGAUCCUGAAAAAGGAGGGCUUCUUUGGACUUUACCGUGGCAUCUUGCCCAAUUUCAUGAAGGUCAUACCGGCUGUCAGCAUCAGCUACGUGGUGUAUGAGAACAUGAAGGAUAGCUUGGGGAUUCAGAAGUAGGCAGCGGAGUCAUCUUUGACUGUCUGCGUCCGUGAGAAUGAUGAGCAGGAUUUCUUUUUUUAUGUCAAAAACACGUCACGUCUAACAUGUUAGGGAAACUGUCAUGUAAAGACCUUGUUUACCUGUAAUCCACCAAAGACUCAGUGUAGUGCAGAUGGAGUCUUUGCAGGACUGUUGAGCCAUUAUAAAAAAAAAAAGACAUUGUUUUGAAAAUUAUUCAGCAUUCACAAAGGGCUUUUAAUGUGUAAAAGGUGAAGCACCCACAGAUUUAAGUGCACUGUCAGUCUUGGGGCCCAGUUUGGAUCGACCGACUUUCAGUUUAAUCAUCCAAAGAGGUGGAAAUUAGGAAUCAGAUAACCAAAAAACACUUGGAGAGGCUAAUUUAGAUUUCAAGACAUUUUGUUUUGUAUUGUUUAAUUGUUGAUUCGGGUCAAAAUGGUAAUGUUUUUGUAUCAGUCAUUUUAAGUAUGGGUCCUGUUAGGUCACAUGUUCCUCUAAGUUCCACACAGUGUAACACUUGUUUUGUUAUCUUAAUAUCUAAAAUAGACAUCUCCCAUUCAUAUACAAACACUCGUUUAGCUUUAUAUACGGUUCCUCAUAAUGUGUAAUAUUGUGCGGGUGUGGAACUGUUUAACCAACAAAUCUGAGGAAACUUUUGAAGUGCAAUACUGUAUUUACACAUUGGUGAUUGACAUUCUGGUAUGUUUGAGACAGGUAUGUCCUUUUAUGGAAUGGAUUUGUUCAAGUCUGGUGAAUGGGAGUAAUGUGCCUUAUGUGCUGUGUACUUCACCCUCUAUUUGCCUUUCUAUCCAACAUUUGGUUCAUUAGAUGCUGGUGUUUACAGUAAUAAAAACAUUUGAAC